GAUUCAACUUUUUAAAACCACAAUGUCCUCGUUAUAACCUUAUUUCAUUAAACAUUUAUUUUAAAAUCGAAAAUUGAUUGAUUUACGAAGAAACCGAGCAAUAUUUCGGUAUUUACAUAUAAUACCUGGGUGAAACCCACCCAUUCAAUAAGCCAUCCGAUUUAAAUGGAUAAACCGAGAUGAACCAGAGAAACCAACUAAAAUCUCAAAAUCAAACGCGAUUUCUAAUCGCUUGAAACUUCCAAUUCUCUUCCAACUUCUUUUCUCUCUCUUUUCUUCUCUUCCUCUUCAUAACUCUCUUCCUUAUCUCUCUCGCGAAAUUAUGAUAAGAGGCUAAGACGAUUCCUCCUCCUUCGCCUCUCCCCCUCUCCUCCCUCAGCUCAGCUCGACCUUCAUUCUUCUCUCCCGCCGCUUCUCUAUCGCCGUCGCUGUAGUCUGCUUAGACCAAUCACCUGACGUAUCCGUAAGUUGUAGUCUUCGCUUUGAGCUUUCUUUUGGAAGUAGGUUCUAAUGGAUUUGCAAUUGAAAUGCAUUGGUAUAUGCAUUUCAAUGGUUGGAUUUGUAUAGGAGUAGAACUGGAGAAUGUAUAGGCAAAUUAACAUUUGACUUAUAUCGACCUUGUUCAUAUAAUUGUAUUAUAAUUGUAUAACUCGGGACAACUAAUAGAACUGUAGAUAACUUGAGAUAAUUGUUGUCAGUUUCUUUUGUUUGUUCUUGUUUGGGCAGGAUACAAUGAGCAGUCACGUAAGUGGUAUACCUGGUAGUCCGGAAGAGAGCUACAAGAUGAUGUAUAGCUAUUUGUACAUCUUAAAGCAAGUGAAUCCAGGAACAAAAACUUGUGUGAAAUUGGAUGAUGCAAGUAAAUUCAAAUACCUCUUCAUAGCUUUGGGAGCUUGCAUUAAAGGGUUUGCAUUUAUGAGGGAUAGCUGUGGAUGCGACAUCGCUGAAGAACAGAUAUGGUGGUGUUCUAGUUUUCGCGGAAGCUCAAGAUCCUAAUGGUCAAAGUUAUCCACUUGCAUUUGCAGUACUAGAUAGUGAGAAUCUUACUAGUUGGACUUGGUUUUUCGAGAUGCUUAAAAGUGUUAUACCAGACUCUUCUGAACUGGUUUUCAUGAGUGAAAGAAAUCAGAGCCUGAUCUUCGCUAUAGGAAGCGUGUUUCCAGAGGCUCACCAUGGGCAUUGUUUAUGGCAUUUGAAGGAAAAGGUGAAAUGGCAUGCUGGUAACGUCAACAAGGUUAUAGUCGGGCAUAGAUUUAUGGAGUUGGGCAGAUAUUACACGGUGGAUGACUUCAACUCUGCUUACGACUCAUUUGAAAAAAGAUAUCCUGCUGUGUACAAGUAUGUGCAGGAACAUACUGAAAAGGACAAAUGGGCAAGGGUUUUUUUUCCACGUGACAGGUACAACUUCGAUACAAUCAACAGUGUGGAAUCAAUGAAGAGCGUGUUUAAAGAGGCAACGACGUGGGUCUUAAUACCAAUGCUGGAUUGUAUCGUCAGGAAAUUCUCUGAUUGGUUCACUCAACGGAAGGAAGCUGUUUCUAGAUCAAUCGAUACAAGCCUGGUGCCUCUAGUUGAGAACUACUUGCACGGUCUAUGGGCUGUUGCACAAAAGCUAUCUGUACGGGAGCUUAAUAGUUAUGAGCUUAAGUACGAGAUCACUGACACUGCUGGAAAGAUGUUUUGGGUGAGCUUGGUUGAAAAAUCUUGUACUUGCAAGGUGUGGGAUUAUGAAAAGUUUCCUUGCCUGCACGGACUAGCAGCUUACAUCUAUUUCACUACGAAUGUUGAUGGCAACGACCUUAAUAUCCAUGAGCUGUGCUCAAAAUACUACUGGACGGAAUUUUGGAUGAAUUUGAAGUGAUGAAUUUGGAUUAAUGCGUUUAGCUACUUUAUUGUGUUGUAUGCUUCGGAAAACUUUAUUGUGUUGUAUGCUUCGGAAAACUUUAUUGUGUUAUACUUUAAGUUUAAGUGUUUUGUUCGAGAAUUAUGUAUGAUACGGAAAACUUUGGUAUUACUACGGAAAACUUUGGUAUUA